AUGAACGUGUUGCCAACCCUGCCUGAGGCAGCCGAUGCCCCCGCAACGCUGCUGUCGUGGUUCGUCUUUGAUGACGCUAUGCAGGCUUGGGUGGAUGUCCGGCUGGAGCCACUGCCGCCCAGUGCCAACAGUGCGAGUGGUGCCGGCCAUCCCGCGACCACCAUCGCUAGCGAACUCACCCUGGUCACCUGGAACGUGGACGCCUUCUCGCCCCAGUCGGAGGACCGUCUAGCCGGAAUUCUCGAUGCCGUUCGCGGUAGUGGUGGUGGUGGUAGUGCUUUUUCUGCUGCUGUUGCCACUCCAACCCACCCUGACAUCCUCUUUCUGCAGGAGGUCUCCCCAUCUGGCCUGGCCUACUUACUGCAGGACCCUUGGGUGCGUUGCCACUGGUAUGUCAGCGACACUGGAGCAGCCCAGCCAAGCGACCCGAACGGCUUCUCCAUCGUCAGCCUGGUGUCGCGGCGCUUUCUGCCGGAACAUUGGAGCAGCAGCAGCAGCAGCAGCAGGACGGCUGGCAUCCCCGUCCUUGGCGCGCUCUGGCGGAUCGACUUUCCCAGCCUGUUUGGACGCUAUGCCAUCUGCUGCGAGAUACGCAUGCCGGACCCGACAGCAGCGGUGGUCCGCUUGGUCAAUGUGCACCUAGACUCGCUGCAGAUUCGACCGAGUCGACGGCCGCGACAGCUGCAGAUCGUGGCCGACAUGUUGCACUGCCAGCAGCCUCGCUCGACGUCGGCCGUGGCGACAGCUACAUCGGCCAUGGCUGCCCACGGACUCGUGGCCGGUGACUUCAACCCUGUCCUGCCCGAAGAGGACAACUUGCUGGUGGCGGCCAACGGGCUCGUCGACGCCUGGCAGCACCUGCACCCCGACGAGAGCGGCGUGACAUGGGGCAUCGACGGCCAGCAGCCGUAUCCGCCGGCGCGGCUGGACAAGGUCGCCGUUGUCGGGCUGGAGCCAUGCGCCAUGACGGUGCUGCAUCCGGGAACGGUGCGGCUGCGGGGAGGCAACUCAUCCGCUCUGGACAAGACAGCCACGGCACAAGCAGCAGCAGGCUCCGACAACAGCAGCAACGAGCACCGCUUCCUGCCCUGGAGCGACCACUCCGGCCUGCAAUGCACCUUUCGAGUAGCUGCUCCGAGGCGAUCGUUCUACCAGGACUGA